AUGGCUCCCCCAAAUGGCGAGACUAUAACAAAUAUAAGCGGCACCUGGGUAAUGGACAAAAGCCUAUCGACCAACCUUGAUGCAGUUUUUAAAUUGCAAGGAAUAAGCUGGAUAAUAAGGAAGACGAUAUCCGCAUCAACCUCUACUCUGAAGAUCACGCAGGGCUCUGAUGAAGACGGCGACAGCCUAAACGGGGCACCGACUGAGUGGAUGCUGCUGGAGCCUGCACUAGCUGGAGGACUACAAGGCACGCCAGAGAAACGCCAGUUCACCUGGACUGAGUUUGAGCACAACGACACCCUCUUUGGCCGUGUCAUCAUUCGUAGUCACUACAUUUCCGGGCAGAGGACUGCGGAUGGCCGAGUCCGACCUCUUGUUGAACCUUUCACGGAGGUUGUUUGCAAGCCAGACGCCAAGUCCAUAUUGACGGAGGCAGUCGUGCUGGGACCUGAAACUGCAGAGGAGGAGAAGACGGACAAAGCUUUCAUUCACGAUUCCAUCCGCAGCGUGUACCAUGGGUGGACAGCGGAGCAGAUCUGGGCAGUGGAGAUAGUAGGCGGGGAACCGCUUUUGACACGUAGGGUUGUGGUCUGGAAAGGCUCCUAUGCUGAGUCUGCUCGUGUUUUCUAUAGACUUGCAUGA